GAUCAAACCAUUCAAUGUUCGUUUCCACUUUCCUUUCAAAUAUAAUAGCUUACUUUAAUAAAAUAACAUAAAAUGUAGAGUUACACCCUUGAAAGUUCUUAUCCGAUAAAUAAUUCAUUAUAAUAUAUUGGCUGGCUACUUCGAUAUAAAUGACAAUUAUAUUCUAUUAUAAAUAUUCUUGGUUUUUUUCUUCUAUAGUUAAUUUAACUUUUAUUAUUCGUUCAGUUGGAAUCUAAAACAAAAUAUCUAUUUAAUCAACUUAAGUCAUUUAUAAUGGAUUCAUAGAAGUAUUUUAUUAGGCGGUUGUUUUGUCGUUAUAAUAGACACCUCAUUCAAGAAAAAAUAUAUUCUGUCAACUAAUUUUGAGUGAUUCUGCAGUAAAUAUAAUCUGGAAAAGGCCCUACUAGAAUACAGAGAAUCGCUUUUUACAUUGCUAAGUUGAAAAAUCUUAUCCUGUUCUCUAACUGUAUUUCAAUUUGAAAAGAACUUAACAAUGAGCCUGAAUUUAUUACUGUGUAUUUCUAAAAAAAUGAUCGAAAUACUUUACAAAACGAUUCACAUUAGUAAAGUAAGAAAGCAGAUCUCACUUUAGCUAUGUAGUAAAACACUUUGUGAAUAUUGAUCCUCAUAGGAGAUUGCUUAAACUUUCUUGCAUCAGCUAUGACCAAGAUGACUCUAAAUAAGUACAGAAAAAUGAUUUCUUAGGCGAUAAAGUAUCAAAAGUUCAUUAUCUUAAACUUUUAAAUUUUUUAACUAAUAGAGUGGAUUAUAUCUACUGAAAUACAGACAACACUAAAUUAUGUUAACAAACUUCUCUUUAGAUUUGUAUCACAUUUUUACUUGUGAAUUUUAACUACUUAUUAUAAUUAUACAAGUAGUUAAAUAAUAAACUUGCUAUGAGAAACCGAUCUGUUCAACAAAAUUGGUCAUUCCAAAUAAUUUAUAGGUUAUAAAACUCCAAGUAGAACUGCUUAAUAAAACAACUGAGUGAAAUCGCCCAACAUGAUGCGUGUUUACUUAAUGGCGACUGUUUGAAAUUGAGAGGAAAUUUAUGUAAUUGUAUAAGUCAAAUGACUGCCGCUCAUUCUUACACAUGAUGAUAUAGUUAUCUGUUAACCUAUCAAAUUACUUUAGAAGGAAUAAAUUCAACCAAAAUCAGAUUACUAUAUCAACUCUUAGCUCAUGAAUACUGUAUUUAUUUACCCUAGUUGAUUAGCUUUAUCACCAAGUAAUGAUUAAAUAUAUGAAUAAUUGUUUGUAAAAUGGUCUGAUGAUUUGAAACCACCAUUGAGUACCCAUGAAAUUUAGUAAAUCUGUUUAAAGGAAUUUAAAGUUCAUUCAUCUGAAUAAAUAACUAUCGUCUCUCGAGAAUGGAUAUGGAGUAUAUUAAAUGGACAGCUGUUUAUAAAUACAUGUGGAUUUUAGGUGUUGGUACUGGGAGUUAUCUCAGGUUCAGUUGUAUGCAGUAGAAUUGUUUUAAUGGUUGUGUCAAAAUUUAUGACUUUAGUGUUGGUUGAUAGUUGUUUUGUUCUUCGAUUGUAGGAAUGUUGGCAGCGUUUUGUUGAUUCGCCUCUUGACACUAACAUGAGGUCCUUCUUGUUUACCAGUGGUAGCGUCGACUUUUGUGAAUGCUUCCAAUUAUUGUUGAUUUCCUCUAUCAAGUGUGAUUUGGUUGACUCUCGCUUCGUUAUGUCUCAGGAUCUUGAUCUUAUCCUUGUGAAUGUUGAUACUUUUCUCUGUGGAAUCCACUGCUACACUAUCUGUCUUCAUCUUCAUUUUUUCCGCAUAUGCUAUUUGUAUUCCAUGUACCUAUAUUACAAUAGCUGUCAGAAGGAGCAUCAAACUUGCGACUGUCGUAAAAGUCUCAGCUUUCACUAAUAGGAGUCAUAACUUUUCUAAAUAAAGACCUUUCAACUCCCAAAGCAGAAUUUAAAUGACUAAAUAAUUUUUAUGGUUAGAGUCUUUUGGGAAGUUUCUUUUCUAUGGGAUGCGGUUGCUAACCCCACGCCCAACCCUUCUUUGAUAUAUACGUUUGGGACUGGCUGUAACCCUAGAAGGUCUUCAAGUUAAUUUGGGUGAAUGGAGGUAUGAUUUAAAAAAUGACAACACUCGUGAACUUGCUUACAUAUACCAGAAUGUGUUACAUGUUAUUGAAUCUAAGACAGAAAACUAUGGCUACUUGUUCGCCGGUAGUAACGAUAAUAUCUUUGAUCCCAGUUUUAAACACUGUCAAUUCGAGUAAACGAGUGUCCACUGUUAGAGAGGGUCAAUAUGAAAAUAACAAUUACUGAGAUACUUCCAGUUUUCCUAAAAAUACGUUUGACAAUUUCCAUAGGUCAAACCAUGUAUUUUUCUUAUUUAAAUAAUCAUUGAAAACUAGGAUGUACUGGAUAGCUGAUCUUAAGCCGUACGUACCACUAACACCACCGCUGGGGAUCGAACUCAAAACUUUCAGGUUUCGUGGUGAGGGCUUUAACUCUAGACCACUAAGGUGGCAUUCAAUAGUGUGCAUUUUUAACUAGGUUUAAUUCACUACACUUUUCUACAAUUUAUCUUAUUAGUAUAUUUCAACUAGUACUCAAAAAUCAACUAACGUCUAUAUUCGAGUAGUUAUUCAUACAAUCUAUGAUUUACUCUGGGAAAUCAUCAUAUAAAGUUUUCCGGUACAGGAUUACAACUAGAAGAUAUCGCAUCAAAGUGAAAUUGAAUAGCUAAAACUAAAAUUAUUGAUUACUUACUUAUGAAUGAAUGGAUUUAUACACAAUUUCUACAGGGUUUAACUUAACUACAUGACAUUGACCACUACCCAGUGAUCAAUCAACCGUGAAUAUAUAUAUAUAUAUAUAUAUAUAUAUAUAUAUAUCAUUUACAAUAAUUAAAUAUAGGCGUUCAUUGCCAACAUACAAACAUGAUUAUGUCAUACAGUUUAUAAUGUAGAGCUAAUUAUUUUCUUUUACAGAUGUCUAAUAAAUUUAUGAUUACUGAAAUUCUUCAAGAUCCUAUCGAAAAAUCAUCAAUUACACUAAAUAGCUCUUCAAUUGAUUCUACUCCUUUAGUUACAUAUUUCAUCAGUUCUGUAUUAAGUCAAAAUCCACAAUGUACAGUUUCUACAAUAAAUAAUUUCACAUCAAAUAACUUGGAUUUAUCCAACAGUAUUCAACAUACUAUUUCAUUCAUAGAUCAUGAUCAUGCUGUUAAGCAUAAAAACUAUGAAAUACAAAUAGGAUUGUGUUCCAACUCAUUAAACUUAUUGAAUCCAAAGGUUUACACAAAGUAUCUAUCAAAUUUAUUUAAGUUAGAAUUGAAUAAUCAAUCACUCAGUCAACCAACACAAAAUGAGACUGAAAAUCAAGUUAGAUUAAGUAGCAAUAAUAACUGUUUAGCAGAUUAUUAUUAUUAUCCUCAUCAUCAUUCUAUUAAUGAUAAACAAUUAAAAGAAGAAUUUUUAAAACUUUUCAACCUAAUGAUUUCCAAACAGACUAACGAAGAUAAUUUUUCACAACCUAAACUAUCUGAAGAUGUUGAAUGUAAAGAUGAUAAUGAUAACAGUUUGUUAUUAGUAAAUGAUACUGAGAAAAAUUCUUCACAUAAUUGUCCAAAAAAUCAAGCUCUACUGGUUACUAACUUAAUUCUAGAAGUUCUAGAUCUAUCAUCUUCGAAAAUUAACCAAACUAAUCGAUCCAAACACCAGCGUAACUUAUGGCCUAUAAUAUUCAAAGAAUUGGAAUUCAGUUGUAAGCCAAUUAUUGCAACUGAGGAUUAUCAUCAACGUAGCAGUAGUUGUCAUAGUAGUAAUCAAUUUUCCAAACCAAAUUAUCUAUUCGGUUGUGAAUCUUCUGACAGUUAUACAAGUAUGGUUGAUAUGGUUAAAUCGGAUGAUGAUCUAUCACAAAAAUGGUGUUUGAAAUCUGAUGCAAAUACAAAAGCAAAUAUUUACAAUGAAAAACGGUUGAUAAAAAGAAAAUUUCGUAAAAGCUUUCUACCUAAAACUAAUCAAACAUUUGAAUUCGAACGUAAACAUAGACAAGCUUAUACAACAGAUCAACUUGAACGUUUAGAAACAGAAUUUGAAAAAGAUAAAUAUUUAAAACUAAACAGACGGAUAGAAUUAUCAAAUGAAUUAAAUCUAACUGAGACACAAAUUAAAACAUGGUUUCAAAAUCGUAGAACUAAAUGGAAAAAGAAAUUAUACUGGUUGAAUUCUGCAAGCCGAUUAUCAGUAAAUUCUGUUAAACACGAAAAUAGUUCAUGGUCAAUACCUAAUAAAUCCACUACGAACAGUGAACAACAAUCUGUAGUAAAUAACUAUUAUACAAGUUUUAUACCUACUCAAUUUCAUUGA